UUUCUGUUUCUGGGAAAAAGGCACAUGCUUUUGCAGAUACCUGUCUGAAAUUUUGUAUCUUUUUAGAACUUUGGUCUUUUGGUUUCCUGGGAGUGCUGCUACAUGGUAGUUUGUGUAUGAUCAUGUUGAUUUUUCAAGAUAUUUUUUUUAUGUGCUUUCAUUGAUUUUUCAGUGAAAGUUUGAUUCUUUUGGAUGAUAAGUGUAUUUUCUUGUGUUUCUUGGCAUCCUGGUUUGUGGGUUUGUUGGAAUUUGAUGGUUUUGGCAAUGUGCAUGGGAAAAUUUGGGUCUGGUGGUCUGCAUGUUGGGUUUGAUCAUUUGGGGAGGUUAAAAAAAAUGGACCUUUGCACAAUGUGGAUUGAAAUCUUGUGUUAUUUGUAAGAUUUGUUGAUUGAAAUGCUAGAAUUUUAGCGUGUCCGAGACAAACAUGGUUUCUGGUGUAUCUGAUGUAAUUUUGUUUGAUUUAUGAACAAAUAAGGUGGUGAAAGCAAGGUAUUCUGUUUUCCUAUUGCUUAGAGGUUAAUGAGAUUGAGCAACAAUGAUGGUUGUGUGAUUUUUUGAGUAGCAGGGGUUAAUCAAAUCCCAUGGACAGUGAAUUGUAUGAAGAAGAGCCAGUUCGAUCUGGUAUCAUAACUGCCAUACGUCUAAAUGUUACAACUGGGGAAGAUAUUCUAAGGAUAUCUGAAGAAACACCAAUCAGUUCAGCCAGCGAGGUCACUGAUCCUAGGUUCGGACUUCCAAAUCCAUCUGGUCAGUGCUCUACUUGUGGUGCCGAAAACAAGUUACAGAACUGUGAAGGUCAUUAUGGGCGUAUCCAGUUUCCAUGCUCAAUAGUCCAUCCAUAUUAUCUUCCAGAAGUUGUUCAAAUCUUAAACAAGAUUUGUGUAGGAUGUAAAUCUGUUAAGCAGGAUCUAAAGCCCAAGGGUGCUGAUUCUCUAAGUGGUAAGAGAAAGCGCCAGGAGCACAAGGAGCGCAAGGGCUGCAAGUAUUGUAAGGGAAGUUCGUUAAGCUACCCAAGAAUGAAGUUCAGAGUUUCUACGAGAGAACUCUUUAAAAGAAGUUGUAUUAUUGUGGAAGCAAGCGGAAUAUUGCCUUCUGACUUUUGGGAUUUUAUUCCCAAAGAUGAACAGCAAGACGAGAGUUGCGUUAAACCAAACAAAAGAAUUCUAUCUCAUGCGCAGGUUCAUCAUUUGUUGAAGGAUGUUGAUCCAAAUUUCAUUGCGAAGUUUGUCCCAAUAACAGAUUCACUUUCUAUGGAUUCUUUCCUUGUAACUCCAAAUUGUCAUCGCGUGACAGAAUUUAUGCAUGCUUUUGCUAAUGGGCAGCGGUUGAUGUUUGAUCAUCGGACCACGGCUUAUAGGAAACUUGUUGAUUUCAAAGGUGUAGCUAAUGAGCUGGGUUCUCGUGUUUUAGAAUGCCUGAAAAUUUCCAAGUUGAACUCAGAGAAACCAGGCAAUGAUUUGAUUGCUGCUCAGCUAAAAAAUGUCAAAGACGAUCCUUCAAAAUCAUCUGGUUUGAGAUGGAUCAAAGAUGUUUUUCUUGGGAAGCGAACUGAUCACUGUUUUCGCACGGUGGUGGUUGGUGAUCCAAACAUAAAGCUCAGUGAAAUUGGUAUACCCUCAAAUAUUGCAGAGAGGAUGCAUAUAGCGGAGAAUCUGAACAGAUGGAACUUAGAAAGGUUGGGUGCCACCUGCAAUCUACUCCUAAUGUUCAAACAAGUGAUGCAUGUUCGUAGAAAAGGUAGCAUCGUUCUGGUACACCAGACAGACGAACUGCAGAUGGGAGAUGCUAUUUACAGGCCUCUGAGUGAUGGAGACAUUGUGUUGAUAAAUAGGCCUCCAUCGAUACAUCAACACUCUCUCAUUGCUUUAUUUGUCAAGAUACUUCCGGCAGCGCCUGUUGUAUCUAUAAACCCACUCUGUUGCUCUCCAUUUCGUGGUGAUUUUGAUGGUGAUUGCCUUCAUGGGUAUGUUCCUCAAUCAGUUGAUGCCAAAGUUGAGCUUAGGGAGCUUGUUGCUUUAGAUAAACAAUUGAUUAAUGGGCAGAGCGGUACCAACCUACUUUCACUUAGUCAGGAUAGCUUAACGGCUGCCCAUCUGAUCCUGGAGGAUGGUGUUCUCUUGAAUCGUUCUCAAAUGCAACAGUUGCAAAGGUUCUGUUGCAAUGAACUGCCAUCACCGGCAAUCAUUAAAGCUCCUUCACUUGAUGGCCCUGCUUGGACUGGAAAGCAAGUUUUCAGCAUGCUUCUACCUUUGGGUUUUGAUUAUGAUUUUGCUCCAGAUGGAGUUUGCGUUAGAAAUGGGGAGCUGCUAUCUUCUGAAGGUUCUUCAUGGUUGCGAGAUACGAGUGGAAAUCUUUAUCAGAGUCUCGUUAAACAUUGCCAGGGUCCGGUACUUGACAUCCUGCAUGCUGCUCAGGAAGUUUUUUGUGAGUGGUUGUCAAUGAGGGGCUUGACUGUCUCUCUCUCGGACUUAUACCUCGCUUCUGACUCAUGCUCAAGGAAUAACUUGAUGGAGGAAAUUUUCUGUGGGUUGCGAGAAGCAGAGCAGGCAUGUAUAUUUAGACAGCUGUUGGUGGAUAGUAGUCGGGAACUUCUUAUGGGAUGUGCUGAAGAGAAUCAAAGUCCCGUGACUUCGGAUGUCGACUACUUCUGUCACGAGAAGCAGAAAUCUGCUGCCCUCAGUCAGGUUGUUCAUGAUGCUUUCAAGCAAUUUUUUCGGGAUAUUCAAAAUUUAGCUUACAAAUAUGCGGGUACGGACAACUCUUUGAUGAAUAUGCUCAAGGCUGGAAGCAAGGGUAAUAUGCAGAAAUUAGUGCAGCACAGUAUGUGCCUUGGUUUGCAAAACUCACUAGUUCCAUUAUCAUUCAGAAUUCCCAACCAACUCUCAUGUGCUGCGUGGAAUAAUCAAAAGGCAAUCAGUUCAGAUCAGAAGGUUGAGGGAAGUUCUGAAUGUGUCGAGUCCUACAUCCCCUCUGCCGUGGUUGAAAACUCAUUCUUGACAGGCUUAAAUCCAUUAGAAUGUUUUAUUCAUUCAGUAACAAGUCGAGAUAGUUCUUUUAGUGGAAAUGCUGAUCUUCCUGGGACUUUGACACGAAAGCUUAUGUUUUUCAUGCGGGAUUUGUGCACUGCUUAUGAUGGAACGGUGAGAAAUGCAUAUGGGAACAAGGUUGUUCAGUUCUCCUAUGACAUAUCCUCUCCAGAUAGCGCUAGUACCAGAGAUGACGAGAGUAUUACUGCUUGUGAUGGUGUAGGUGGUCAACCUGUUGGCUCAUUGUCUGCCUGUGCCAUAUCUGAAGCUGCAUACAGUGCUCUAGAUCAGCCAGUUAGUCUUCUCGAAACUUCUCCACUUCUAAAUCUGAAGAAUAUCUUGGAAUGUGGUUCAAAGAAAAGCAGUGCCAAGCAGACCAUGUCUUUAUAUUUAUCUGAGAAGCUUGGAAGACAUAGGCACGGUUUCGAGUAUGCAGCCUUGGAAGUUAAGAAUUAUUUGGAAGGGCUGAAAUUUUCCGAUAUUGUUUCUACGGUCCUGAUAAUCUUCUCCUCCCAAAACGGGAGUAAAAAACGUUUCAGCCCAUGGGUUACCCACUUUCACAUAGGCAAGGAAAUUGUGAGGAGGAGGAGACUGAAGAUGCAUUCCGUUGUCAAUUCCCUUUAUGCUAGGUGCAACUCUGCCAGACCAGAACUAAAAGCUAUUCUUCGCAGUUUGCUGAUUACGAGCAAGGACUGUUCUGAAGCUCACACAUGCAAGGGAGAUAACGACACAUUUUGCAUCACUGUUGCUAUGGCUGAAAACCACAAAAGUUCUUCUGAACAGCUGGAUAAAGCUCGAGACUUGGUGAUACCUUUCCUGCUUGAAACAGUAGUUAAAGGGUUAUUGGAGGUGAAAAAGGUGGAUAUUUUGUGGAAUGACCAACCCAAACGAUCAAAAGUAGCUGAUGGUUCGUCUGGUGAACUGUACUUGAAGGUUUCUAUGGUAGGAAAGAGCGGCAAGAAAAGACUUUGGAGUAUGCUUUUGGAUAGUUGUAUCCAGAUUAUGAAUGUGAUUGAUUGGUCACGAAGUCAUCCCGAUAAUGUUCAUGAGUAUUGCCUUGCCUAUGGAAUUGAUGUUGGGUGGAACCAUUUCCUCAAUAGUUUAGAGAGCACAUGCAAUGACAUUGGAAAGAACAUACUCCCCGAACAUUUGAUCCUUGUAGCAGAUUGCCUCACAUGCACAGGAGAAUUUGUGGGCUUAAAUGCCAAGGGCAUUGCCCAACAACAAGAACACGCAUCUGUAUCAUCGCCAUUCAUGCAAGCAUGUUUCUCUACUCCCGGGGCUUGCUUUGUAAAAGCAGCCAAGGCUGGAGCCGUGGACGAACUUCCGGGGAGUUUGGAAGCCUUGGCAUGGGGAAAGCCUCCUCCUUCUGGGACGGGCAGGCAAUUUGAGGUUUUAUUUUCUCAAAAGGGGCUCAACUUGUCAAAGCCACUUGAUGUUUAUGACAUGCUUCGACGCCAAGUUGGUUCCAUUUGCAUUAAGGAGAAUGAAGUUAAAAUGCCUGAAGUUUUGAACAAUUCACUCGACAAAUGUGGUUCUCCAUAUCUGCUCCAAAAUGCAAAAUACGUUGGGCUUGAGAAGUUUGAGAGUAUAUCCAAAUCAGUCAUUAAAAAGUAUCUCAAGUUCAAUGAUAUCCUCAAGUGGUCUCAGACGUGGAGGCACAUACUGCGCAAGUAUCCAAUCAAUGAGACGUUAAAUGAUGAGGACAAGUCAAAAUUGAUGACGGCUUUAUAUUUUCAUCCUCAUAGAAUGGAUAAGAUUGGACCUGGAGUUCAAGACAUAAAGAUCGGCGCUCACCCUAAACAUGAGGGGGCACAAUGCUUUAUGGUGGUACGAACAGAUGGAACUGUUGAAGAUUUUUCGUACCACAAGUGCGUGAUGGGUGCUCUUGAGAUUGUAGCACCUCAGAGGGUCAAGAGCUACCAGGCAAAAUGGUUUGGCCGCGGACCUGAGUAAACUGGUUCUUAUCAUGUGUAUUCCCCGGUGUCCAAGCAUGUACAGUAGGUGUAGACUGAAGAAAUAAUUUCCAUCCAAAGUUAGCUUGUUGGCCAGCGCCGGUGGAUAAAGUUAGUAUUCAUGAAUUUUGCUCAUCUAACCAUACAAAGGGCAGCGACUCAUUUCAACGAGACUGUUUUGAAGUUCUCAUACCUUUAUCAAAGCUGUAAUCCUUGUUCAUACAUAGGCUCUUGGGUACGAAAUGAGCCAUCAUCGGCCCAGAGUAACUAGUAAGGAAACAGAAUGUUUUGAGCUUGAAGAGGGCUUGGCGAAGUCGGCCAUUUUUCCUUCGUUUUUGCUUUUAUUUUCAAUGGAAGUGUCUAAGCUUAGUCUGUGUGGCUCCAAUGCUCUAUGCUUCCUUUUGCUACUUCUACUGGAACUUGUUUGCCUUACAUUUAGAAACAGGCAGAAGAGAUCUAGUGGAAGUAGCAAGGGGAAGCUGGCAUUGGAUUGGGCCCCCUUUUAUUCUUGUUGUAAUAAUUGGACAACCGAAUCAAUCGUAUUUAUUAAUAUUUGUUUUUGGAGACUUAAAUCAUAUUCCAAUUACUGCA